AUGUUUAAUAACUGUAAAGAUGCCUUUGUAAUUUGCAAGUAUGCACGUAGCCCAAGUUACUUUAUCACCAUAACAUGCAACCCUGAGUGGGAUGAGAUUAAGCGUCUUUUGAAAGAUAUCGGAUUCAAAGCAGAAGAUCGGCCUAACAUAGUUUCAAGGAUUUUUAAUAUCAAGCUGAGUCAAUUGAUUGCAGACUUCAAGCAAGGAAAGUUCUUUGGCAAAAUAUCUGGCUAUGUGUGCAUAGUUGAAUUCCAGAAGCGUGGUUUACUGCACGCUCAUAUACUGUUGUUCAUGCAUCCUCUAUUUAAACCAAAAACACCUGAGGAUAUAGACAAACAUAUAUCAUCAGAGAUCCCUGACAAGCAUAGCAGGCAUAAGCUAUAUGCAGCAGUUGAGAAGUUCAUGGCCCAUGGUCUAUAUGGCAGGGUGGAUGGCAAGCCUACAAAGAUGCUAGCCUGGAUGCUUGCAAAUAGGUUGUUUCCAUUUGGUCCUACUCUUACAUAUAGCCAGUUUCCAAAUAAGUUCGUGUGGAAGGAAGACAUUUCUUUGUGGAUGCCAAGGAAACAAGACUUCUCAAUCGGAAUACUUACUCAUGUUCCACGAGGAAGUGGUGAAGAUUAUUACUUAAGACUUCUGCUCAACAUUCAAAAGGCGUGUGUAAGUUUUGUUGACAUACGUACAGUUGCAGGCAUUGUGUACAGCACGUUCAAGGAAGCAUGUUAUGCAUUGGGCCUUCUGCAAGAUGACAAAGAAUUUGUUGAUGCCAUCUUAGAAGCAGGUAAUUGGGCUUCUGCAAACUACAUCCAUGACCUUUUCGUGAUGCUCUUAUUGUCAAACAAUAUGGGUAGACUUGAAAAUGUGUGGCAACAAUGUUAUGAUGUUUUGUCUGAAGACAUUCUUUACUUUCAGAGAAAAUCUAUGCAGUCUGUAGACCUGCAACAAUCCGAAGAUCAGAUAAUGAAUCUGACUCUUUCAAAGAUAGAGGAAAAACUACAGGCUAACGGCAGAUCACUCAGAGAGCUUGAUGGGAUGCCUUUUCCAAGCUUUGACACUAUUGAAGGGUUAGAUGAUCGGUUAAUCAUGGAUGAACUGAACUUUGACAUUGAUGUUCUACGCAAUCAGUUGGAUACAAACUUAACAAACAUGAAUACAUUUCUCUACAACACUCUCUCAGUGGCUAAAAGGAGCAAAGGGAAAAUUGUUCUGAAUGUUGCAUCUAGCGGUAUUGCUUCUUUGUUGCUUCCAAAUGGACGCACUGCACAUUCAAGGUUUAAGAUACCCUUGGACUUGAAUGAAGACUCGAUUUGUUGCAUUAAGCAAGGCACCUCAUUGUCUAAACUGGUUUGCAGAGCAAAACUUAUUAUAUGGGAUGAGGCACCAAUGUUAAAUAAGCUGUGCUAUGAAGCUCUUGACAGAUGCCUAAGGGACAUUGUUAGGUUUGAGCCUUACUAUAAUCCAGAACUACCAUUUGGAGAAAAGGUUAUGGUCUUAGGUGGUGACUUCAGGCAAAUUCUACCUGUAAUUCCAAUGGGAUCUCGCCAAGAUAUUGUCCAAGCAGCCAUAAACUCAGCUUACCUAUGGCAACAUUGUAAUGUAUUAAAGCUAACAAUUAACAUGCGUUUAAUUGUUAGAGCAACUUAUACGUCACUUAGUGAUGUUUCUCAAUUUGCUUCAUGGUUGCUAAACAUAGGUGAUGGUAUCAUUGGAGAUUCCACUGAUGGUGAGUCUAUUGUGGUAAUCCCCGAUGUAAUUAUAAUUCAAGAUUUUGACCAAUUGGUUGACUUUGUUUAUCCCAACCUGUUGAUUAAUAUCAACAACACAUCAUUCUUCAAAGAUCGUUCAAUCUUGUCAACGAUGUUAACUCAUUUAUAA